UCACAGGUGGUCCUCAGAGGAAAGGAUGGGAGCCCAGCCUGAGGAAGCGCUGCUGUUUAUGUUCCACCUUUAAACAUGGAGCCUGGAGGACAUUAGCUCACCUCCCCCUUCCUUCCUCCCUUCCUCCCUCCGUAGCCGUGGAGGAUGAUCCACCGCCAGGUGCUGCUGUCCCAGAACCUGUACCAGAACCGGCUCUUGAGCCUGUCUGCCAUGGCCUCCCCUACCCGCAGUGGCCAGUCCCGCCAGCGCUGCAAGGGGGCGGCGCGUCACAGCUGCGGUCCAGACACCUACGCGGUCAACGGUCUAAACCAGGAGGCCUUCGUGGUGGGACUGCAGCGCUCCACCAGUGACACCGACCUGGUCUCUCCUGACGCCCGCUCCACGCUAACCGUUAGCUCUGCCCACUACACCAUCGGCCAGUCUGAAGAUUUGGUGGUCACAUGGGACAUCAAGGAGGAAGUGGACGCAGGAGACUGGAUUGGAAUGUAUCUACUGGACGAGACUCUUUCUGAGAACUUUCUUGAUUACAAAAACCGAGGCAUCAGUGGAUCUCAGAAGGGACAAAUAGUCUGGAAGAUCGACUCCAACUCCAACUUUAGAAGCUCUGAGACUCAGGUCUGCUUCAGGUACUACCAUGGUGUCAGUGGAGCUCUGAGGGCCAAUACACCCAGUGUCACCAUCAAGAAGGGUUGCCCAGCUGAGCAGUUGUCUUUGUGUCCUCAGGUGUUAAAGCCGGUGGUUAGUCCUGAAGUGAACCACGGACUGGGCAACAGGAGACUGAUUAACUUCUCCCUGUCAGACAUCCAGGCGGUUGGACUGAAGAAAGGGAUGUUCUUUAAUCCGGAUCCGUACCUGAAACUCUCCAUUCAGCCUGGAAAACACAGCAUCUUCCCAUCGCUGCCGCAUCAUGGCCAGGAGAAACGCUCCAAAGUGGUGUGCAACACCAUCAACCCCCAGUGGAGCUCAGAGAGGUUUAACUUUGUGUCUCUGCCCACGGAUGUCCUGGAGAUUGAGGUGAAGGACAAGUUUGCAAAGAGUAGGCCAAUCAUCAAGCGUUUCCUGGGGAAGCUGUCCGUCCCCGUCCAGAGGCUUCUGGAAAAACAUGCUAUAGGAGACCGGGUGGUGAGUUACUCGCUGGGCCGCAGGUUGCCGACAGAUCACGUCUGUGGCCAGCUGCUGUUCCGCUUUGAGCUGAGCUCCUCCAUUCAUCCAGAUGAUGAGGAGGUUUCCCUGGUGAUGGAGCCAGCCUGCAAUGCGGAGGGGCCUCCUGCAGAAGAGAACCAUGAUGAAGACACUCUAAGUGUGGGCCCGGAUAUGCCUGAUAUCCCCCUGGAUGCUCCUCCUGACGCUGACAUCUCAGCGCCAGCAGCCCAGACCGCCAAGGAAGCGCCUCCUGCUGAGCAGCAGGAAGGCAGCGAAGCUGCACAGGGGGAGGAAGGAGGGACGGAGGGCGGGGACACAGUGAGGGGUGAAGCCUCACUGCCUGUGGCGGAGCAGAAGGAAGGGGGCUCCCCUGAACAGCAGGAGGAUAAAGAAGAAGAGGAGCAGGGAAGGGAGCCAGCUCCUCAAUCUGAGAAGGAGAGUGAAGAGGCUGAUGGUGCAGCCCAGCCUGAGUCUGAGGCAAAUGAAGGAGCUGCUGCUGCUUUAGAAGCUCCCUCUGAGCAGGGGGCCCCUCCACAGGAGGACCCUGAACCAGGAGCCCAGCAGGAGGUCACCGAAGAAGGAGAAACCAGCUCCAAACCCAGCUCCUGCCAGUCGCUAUUCUCAAACUGCAGCUCCCAAACCCCGUCAAAGCGUAAAACCCGGCCCUGCUCUCUGCCGGUGUCAGAGCUGGAGACGGUGAUCGCCUCGGCCUGCGGGGAGCCAGAGACACCGCGAUCCCAUUACAUCCGGAUUCAUCACCUCCUCCACAGCCUCCCCUCAGCCAGACCCCCCAGCCAGGAGGAGGAGGGGGAGUUAACCUCAGGGGCUACGUCACCAACCCUGAAAGGAGGCUCCAAGGAGGAGGAAGGGCAGGAGGAGGAGGAGGAGGAGGAUACGACUCGAUCUCCAUCUCAGGUCCCAGAAUGCCCUGGCCCAUGCUGCCGGCGAUCUCUGCCACGCAGCCUUUCCAUUGAGCGUCUGUCAGAGCUGAACCAGCUCCUGGAAGGUGAAGCAGGACAGGGAGGACGGCCAGCAGUUAGAAGGACCUCUCCAUCCUGCCUGGAUAGUGAGGAGGGGGAUUCCAAUCUCAGAGGAGGUCGCAGGGUUUGCGGCAGCAGCCACAGACCUCCCGGCGAAAAUGAAUGCGAGUUCUGCGACACGUCCUGCUACAGCACGUCCUGCUACAGCACCUCCUGUUACAGCACGUCCUGCUACAGCAACUCAGGCUAUGAGGGGAGGGGCCGCUUCUGUAGCCACAACCGCCUGUCCUCGGUGGACAGUAACCGGCUUUCCGGCAGCACCGUCUUCUCGUCCCAGGAUGAAGAAGAAGAUGAGGAGAGCGCCUUCGAGUCUGUCCUCAACCCUGUCCAGCCAGACGGUCAGGAUGGAGGCGGGGCAGGAAGUGAGAGGAGGAUAGGCAGAUGGAAAGAGAUCAGAAGGGAGGAGCAGGAAGAGCCAGCGGUGGCUGGGCCCAGUGACAAAAACUGCAUUGGAUCAGACCUCUCCCCUCCUGUCGGCCAUCUUCCAGUGCUGCGACCCAGCAAUGACCCAAACCAUUUUCCUGCAGCCACUGACCCAGCUUUACCUCCAAACUGGGAGGCUCGUGUUGACAGCCAUGGCAGAGUGUUCUAUGUGGAUCAUGUCAACAGAACCACCACUUGGCAGAGACCUGGUAACGGUGGAAAGUGUAACCACAGCAUCCCUCGCUCUGGUUCCACCCAGCAGAUGGAACAGCUAAACAGGAGGUACCAGAACAUCCAGAGGACCAUGGCCACCGAGGAGGACGGCAGUAGUCGGAGUUCAGACGGUGAAUCUGAGCUGCCUCAGACAGGCCCCUCCUCCCCCGUCAACCAUCAGAAGGUCACCUUUCUCCUUCAGUCGCCAGCCGUCAAGUUCAUCACACACCCCGAGUUCUUCACGGUGUUGCACAGCAACUAUGCAGCGUACCGCAUGUUCACCAGCAGCAGCUGCGUGAAGCACAUGAUCCUGAAGGUCCGCCGUGACGCCAGGAACUUUGAGCGCUAUCAGCACAACCGGGACCUGGUCGUCUUCCUCAACAAGUUUGCAGACACACAGCUGGAGCUGCCAAGAGGCUGGGAAAUCAAGACCGACCCCCAAGGAAAGUCUUUCUUUGUGGAUCACAACAGCCGAGCGACAACCUUCAUCGACCCUCGCAUCCCGCUGCAGAACGGCCGACUGCCGGGCUACCUGGCCCACAAGCAGCACCUGCAGAGGCUCCGCAGCUACAGUGCUGGAGAGGCCUCUGAGGUGUCCAGGAAUCGUGGGGCUUCUUUGUUAGCCCGGCCCGGUAUCAGCCUGGCAGCAGCCAUACGGAGCCACCAUCAUACUGACCCACAGCAACUCACUGCUCUCUCUUACAAUGACAAGAUAGUGGCGUUCCUGCGCCAGUCAAACAUAUUCGACAUGCUACAGGAGCGACAGCCGAGUCUAUGCAGAAAUCACGCUCUACGAGAAAAGAUCCACUACAUUCGGACAGAAGGUCCUCAGGGUGUGGAGAAGCUUUCAUGUGAUGCUGACCUCGUUAUCCUGCUAAGUUUAUUUGAAGAGGAGAUCAUGUCGUACAUCCCCCCACAUCCCAUCCACCCCGCCUUCGGCUUCUCCCCUCGCUGCUCGCCCGUUUGCUCCCCGCAGAACUCCCCUGGCUUGCAAAGAGCCAGGGCACCAGCUCCUUACCGCAGAGACUUUGAAGCCAAACUCCGAAACUUCUACCGGAAACUUGAGGCUAAAGGCUAUGGCCAAGGACCGGGCAAGAUCAAGCUUCUGAUCCGAAGAGAACACCUCCUGGAGGGAACCUUUAAUCAAGUGAUGGCGUAUUCUCGCAAAGAGCUGCAGAGGAACAAACUCUACGUCACCUUCUUAGGGGAGGAGGGCUUAGAUUACAGUGGCCCAUCCAGGGAAUUCUUCUUCCUGCUGUCCCAAGAGCUUUUUAAUCCAUAUUACGGCCUCUUUGAAUACUCAGCCAAUGACACGUACACCGUUCAGAUCAGCCCCAUGUCAGCUUUUGUUGAGAACCAUCUGGAAUGGUUCCGUUUCAGUGGCCGUAUUCUGGGCCUGGCUCUGAUCCAUCAGUACCUCCUGGAUGCCUUCUUCACUAGACCCUUCUACAAGGCUCUGCUCAGACUAGCCACAGACCUGUCUGACCUGGAGUACCUGGAUGAGGAGUUCCACCAGUCUCUCCAGUGGAUGAAAGACAACGACAUUACCGACAUCUUGGACCUCACCUUCACUGUGAAUGAGGAAGUUUUUGGUCAGGUGACAGAACGGGAGUUGAAGUCAGGCGGAUCCCACCUCCAGGUGACGGAGAAGAACAAGAAGGAUUACAUCGAGCGGAUGGCCAAGUGGAGAGUGGAGCGCGGCGUGGUGCAGCAGACGGAGGCGCUGGUUCGAGGUUUCUACGAGGUGGUGGACUCCAGACUGGUGUCUGUGUUUGAUGCACGGGAGCUGGAGCUGGUCAUCGCCGGCACGGUGGAGAUCGAUCUCAGCGACUGGAGGAGCAACACGGAAUACAGAGGAGGUUACCAUGACAGCCACAUCGUGAUGCGGUGGUUCUGGGCAGCGGUGGAAAGAUUCACCAACGAGCAGCGGCUACGAUUGCUGCAGUUCGUCACGGGAACUUCCAGCGUGCCGUACGAGGGCUUCGCCGCCCUGAGGGGCUCCAACGGCAUGAGGCGCUUCUGCAUUGAGAAGUGGGGUAAAGUCACCUCCCUCCCCAGGGCUCACACCUGUUUUAACCGCCUGGAUCUGCCCCCAUACCCCUCCUACACCACGCUGUAUGAGAAGCUGCUGGUCGCAGUGGAGGAAACCAGCACUUUCGGCCUGGAGUGACCGGCAGAGAGCGAGACCUCUCUGUACUGCAGGGCCUGGAACCCGCCCACGCCAGCUCCCACAUUUCCUCAGAGCUCUGAAGUGGAUAUGAUUUCUGGGUUCCUGGUGUUCAUUCGCCAUAGGGAGGUUUCUGACGCUGGGAUCGGUUCACCAGUCCGUUUAAAAUGGGAUCAAAGAUGUUUUUUUUUCCAUUUGCAUGAACCAAAACCCUUCAGGCUCCCAAGAAAGUUCAUGUUAAUAAACAAAUAUAUGGAAA